AGGAAAUGCAAAUCACCCAAGCAAGAGCCAAGAGCGAUGUUACUGGCUACUAGCCAUGUGCUCGUUAAAAAUCGCCCCCUCUAUACCUUGCAAUCCUUGUAGACCCUGUAGACGAGAAAUCUACAUUGUGAAAUGGACAAACUUGCAACAAAGUCAGAUGCCCCCAAACCACCAACUUGCACGCGGUGCAGAAACCAUUUCGUUUGGUUUGUCCCUCUCAAGGGGCACAGCAAGGUUUGUCCUUGGAAAACUUGCGAGUGUGAUAAAUGUAUUUUGAUUAAGCAACGAGGAGAAACGAACAGAAAGAGAUCGGGAAUGACUACAAGCAAAGUAAUAGCCGAAGAACAUACUAAAGCACAAACAGGUUUCAAAAAGAGGAAGACCAAACCAAAAAAAGAAAAGCUAUCAACUACAUCUACUCAAGACUCUCCUAUGCGAGUUAGACAGUGCCAGAUGCCUUCAAUGGCACAUAGUGCGACAGAAUCACACUGCCCCUGCCAGGGCUCGCCCUAUCCAAACAACAUGCAAACCACCUGCUCACCUAUCCACGGGCAAAGGUAUCCCUAUCCUUUGUCGAUGCAUCUUUCCUACCCAUACAUGCCAGCGGCAGCCAGUAUCUGCGCUAGUUCAGUACCAGAAAUAUACUACUGCGGUGAGAGGUGUCCGGUGGCAAACCUUUCAUAUCCUCCCCCAUACAAUACAAACAUGCUAUGCUCUGGUCCCUACAAUGGAAGUGCCUCACAAAUGAAGCGUGUUUGCAGUCCUGAGAUUGAAAUGCAGAUGUCCACUCAGAUGGAGAGUAACAAAGCGCUUAAAAGCUUGGAUCAUGGGGACUUCUGGUACCCAAAUCCCCCCAAUGCUUCAGUGCGUCCUUUGGCACCAAAAACACACACACAAGGGCCUGCAAUAUUUGGUCAGGAGAAAAUUGAAAUGAAGUGUGGAAGAUAUGCUUUCAUGAGUAAAAAGAAUUAAAUUUUAAUUAUACUUAACAAAUGUAUAAAUAGUCUUCAGUGACAAGGUCUCACAGACUUUUUCUGAGACACAAAGUAAUUUAAAAGCUGUGUUUUGCUUUUGCAGAUUCAUAUUGUAUUCCUAACAUGAAAUGUGACAAAGUUUUUUAAAAUAAAUUUGGAGCCUUUUGCUCUCUUCUAACAAUUAUGAACUCAAAGUUAUGGACUAUAAUUGCAGUGUUAUACAAGUGAGGUAACAUUGUAGCAAUUAUGUGUAUGUGAAAUUGUUAACUGGCCCUUAGAGCACUCAGAUGUAUAAAAAAUCUAAGAUCUUGUUAACAUCUGUUUGUGUAUUACUGAAAAAGCAUCAGUGGUAUUAAAAACAAAUUACGAAGAAA